CUUAUGUGAAGGAGACCUGGCAUGAAAUGUGGUUGUGCUUGCACGCGAGGCAUCCACAAGACUGGCUGGACUUUUCUGCAAACAGAAUGUUCUGCCUGGUGAACUCACAAGGCCCCAGGGAAAACAUUGCUUGCAAACAAGGAUGUUUUAUCAGUUCCUCAAAAGGAACAAGCCUGGGGCCUUGGGAGUUUGAAACAUUAUGAAGGAACCUGUUAUAAACAGAUGUGUAAGGGAAAGGUCAUUAUUGUGGGAUGCUUGCGCAGGCUUAGGUAGCUGACUCACUGCUUUGGCAAAAGGCGGGCUUUGUUUAGAGGCUAUAAGAAUAAAGAGCUCGAGGAACUCGAGGAGACUACACAGCAACCAGUGUUCGUGUUUUCAUUUUGUUGGCGGCAUCUGGCAUCCAACGUGGGGCCCAACGAAACUGAAAGGUCUUCCGGCGCUGGAGAAAACAACAACAACUAAAAAGGAUCGUUAAGACCGUUGCGCAUGCUGUCCGUCACAAUGCUAACAAAAGAGGGGGAGAUGAAGGAGACCUGGCAUGAAAUGUGGUUGUGCUUGCACGCGAGGCAUCCACAAGACUGGCUGGACUUUUCUGCAAACAGAAUGUUCUGCCUGGUGAACUCACAAGGCCCCAGGGAAAACAUUGCUUGCAAACAAGGAUGUUUUAUCAGUUCCUCAAAAGGAACAAGCCUGGGGCCUUGGGAGUUUGAAACAUUAUGAAGGAACCUGUUAUAAACAGAUGUGUAAGGGAAAGGUCAUUAUUGUGGGAUGCUUGCGCAGGCUUAGGUAGCUGACUCACUGCUUUGGCAAAAGGCGGGCUUUGUUUAGAGGCUAUAAGAAUAAAGAGCUCGAGGAACUCGAGGAGACUACACAGCAACCAGUGUUCGUGUUUUCAUUUUGUUGGCGGCAUCUGGCAUCCAACGUGGGGCCCAACGAAACUGAAAGGGUAAGCACCCUGGAAAAGUGAAAGGGGGACUUUCGGGAAUAGGUAAAUCUCGAUGCAGGGCUCGACAAGACCGAAAGGGUAAGCACCCCGGAAAAGUGAAAGGGGGACUUUCGGGAAUAAAUAAAUCAUGGGGAAUUCUAAUUUUCUAAGGUCACAGUAUUUAGACCUCAUAAAGGGACUCCUUAAGUCCAUCGGGGAAAAAGUGUCCUCUCGGCGCUCGAAUGAAUUAUUUCUGCAUAUUGAUUGCCAUUGUUAUUGGUUUCCUCAUCAGACAAAGGCUCAGUUAAAUUUGAGGGAGUGGAAGCAAGUUCAAAAGGAGUUGCGGAAGCAACACCAGUGGGGAAACGUUAUGUCUCUUAAACUCUGGACUCUCUGUAGCGCCAUUACUCAGGCGCUUGAAAUUUUUGAAACAGAUAGUGAGGUUAACUCCCGUCGUAGUGAGGCUCAUUAUGAGGACGUUCCGGUGGAAGAAAAAGAUACAAAGGAGGGAUCUUGCCCUCCCCCUCCACCGGAGCCUCCUGAUGAGACUUCUGAGUCUAGCUCAGAUUCUGAGGAGGAUAGUGAUGAGGAAGAAGAAAAAGAUAAAUUGAUUUUCAAAAUGGCUACUGCCUUGAAACCUCAGCGACAGGGCACUUGCUUUAAUUGUGGGCAGUUUCUGGACAUUUGACUGUAUGAACUGAUAAUUUUACCUUAAAUGUGUCUCAAAGUUCUGGACUUUUUCAGGUUCAUCUGCAUAAGAAUAAAACCUACACUGCAACUGCUUGUGUCAAAUUUCCCUAUUCCUUACUAUCAGGGAAAAUUAUGUUAAAUGUUACAGAGGGAUAUGUAAAUUGUACUGCUGAUUGUGUCUUUACUCAGUGUGUAAAUAAGACUUGGUGGGAGACAAUCGAAGAUACCAACAAAUCUGUAAUGAUUGUAAAAGCUUGUUCCGAGCUUUGGAUGCCUGUUAAUCUGACAUGUCCUUGGUCUGACUCUAUUGCUGUUUCACAUCUGUAUGAUUCCCUUCAAGUUGUUCUACAUCGCUCCCGUCGACUAGUGGGAUUGAUCGUCGCGACUAUCCUUGCGGUUGCAUCCGUUACUGUGAUGGCCGCUGUGGCCAGCCUGGCACUGCAGCAGGAGAUACAAACUGUGGACUUUAUCAGGGAAUGGCAUAAGGACUCUCAUGCCUUAUGGCAACAGCAAAAGGACUUAGAUGCUCAAUUAGCUACCGAUGUAAUUAACUUGCAACAUACUGUAUCUUGGUUAGGGGAUCAACUGACAGUUCUUGCUACCCGCAAUAUAUUGAAAUGUGAUUGGAAUUCUACACAAAUGUGUGUCACCCCACUGCAUUUUAACAUGUCAGAAGGAUGGGAAAAGAUUAAGCACUCUUUACGGGGUCAUCAAAAUUUAACUGCAGAGAUAAUGCAACCUGAACAGUCUAUUGCAGACACUUUCAGUAAAGAAUUGCCUAAAUUGACGGGGGAUGACCUAUUAAAGGGACUGCAGGAGGGGUUAAACAGUUUGAAUCCCUUGGGGCAUGUAAAUACGCUAUUGUCUACUUCUUUGGGAAAUCUGGUGCUAAUAUUGAUUUUAUGCUUGCUUUUCUAUGUAGUCUUCCGGCGCUGGAGAAAACAACAACAACUAAAAAGGAUCGUUAAGACCGUUGCGCAUGCUGUCCGUCACAAUGCUAACAAAAGAGGGGGAGAUGAAGGAGACCUGGCAUGAAAUGUGGUUGUGCUUGCACGCGAGGCAUCCACAAGACUGGCUGGACUUUUCUGCAAACAGAAUGUUCUGCCUGGUGAACUCACAAGGCCCCAGGGAAAACAUUGCUUGCAAACAAGGAUGUUUUAUCAGUUCCUCAAAAGGAACAAGCCUGGGGCCUUGGGAGUUUGAAACAUUAUGAAGGAACCUGUUAUAAACAGAUGUGUAAGGGAAAGGUCAUUAUUGUGGGAUGCUUGCGCAGGCUUAGGUAGCUGACUCACUGCUUUGGCAAAAGGCGGGCUUUGUUUAGAGGCUAUAAGAAUAAAGAGCUCGAGGAACUCGAGGAGACUACACAGCAACCAGUGUUCGUGUUUUCAUUUUGUUGGCGGCAUCUGGCAUCCAACGUGGGGCCCAACGAAACUGAAAGGUCUUCCGGCGCUGGAGAAAACAACAACAACUAAAAAGGAUCGUUAAGACCGUUGCGCAUGCUGUCCGUCACAAUGCUAACAAAAGAGGGGGAGAUGAAGGAGACCUGGCAUGAAAUGUGGUUGUGCUUGCACGCGAGGCAUCCACAAGACUGGCUGGACUUUUCUGCAAACAGAAUGUUCUGCCUGGUGAACUCACAAGGCCCCAGGGAAAACAUUGCUUGCAAACAAGGAUGUUUUAUCAGUUCCUCAAAAGGAACAAGCCUGGGGCCUUGGGAGUUUGAAACAUUAUGAAGGAACCUGUUAUAAACAGAUGUGUAAGGGAAAGGUCAUUAUUGUGGGAUGCUUGCGCAGGCUUAGGUGGCUGACUCACUGCUUUGGCAAAAGGCGGGCUUUGUUUAGAGGCUAUAAGAAUAAAGAGCUCGAGGAACUCGAGGAGACUACACAGCAACCAGUGUUCGUGUUUUCAUUUUGUUGGCGGCAUCUGGCAUCCAACGUGGGGCCCAACGAAACUGAAAGGUCUUCCGGCGCUGGAGAAAACAACAACAACUAAAAAGGAUCGUUAAGACCGUUGCGCAUGCUGUCCGUCACAAUGCUAACAAAAGAGGGGGAGAUGAAGGAGACCUGGCAUGAA